AUGGAACUGGUCCAGCGCGCCUGGCACACGAUCAAAUCAUCGUUCACAUUACAGCGUCUGAUACGCAGAAAACCUCCGAAGAAGAGCGCACUACAAAUCGUCUCAACUUCGGAAUCCACCACGGACUUAAUGCCAGCUGGUGCACAAGAGCCGCAAGCACGAGCUGAGAACGCGGAUGAUGUGCAGGAGCGGCCGACCAUCCAGAAAGCCAUUCAAGAAUAUGCAGAACGAUUUCUAGAGGUCAGCAACUCCACAUACAUCCAGCCCCUGAGGAUCUUCGUUGGUUGACAUGAGAUCAGGCUUGCGAAGGCAACAUACUGGGCAACGUCUCGUCCACAAUCAUUCGUUUUGUCAAGACACCUGGUCUGCCGCCCUACUACCAUUUCAAAUGCUACAUUAUCCUCGCCGCAGCCAGGGAAGAAGAAACGGCAGAAGCGAAUGUUGCAGUAGGGAAACAUUACAUUGCCAAAGCGCGAGAAGCGCACGUCCGGGGAAAAGAACUAUACGUACACGAUCCGAGGGAUAAGCUUACGCUUGAGGCACUUCGGAAAUGCAUCGACGAAGAGUGGGCUGCACUGAGAGCAUAUGAGAAGAACGAAGUGUACAGACCUGAAGACCAGGAAGACAAUUGGCCGCUGAACUUAAGAUUUGAAGAAGAGCAAUGGUGGAUCAACCCAGAACAACACAUUUAG